GGAGGAGAUCUAAAUUCAGCAAGAACAAACACGCUUUGGAAUUGUAUUUCUGAAUUUCUAAGCAGCCUGCUUUCCGCCCUGUGGGGGUUAGCAUACAGGCAAGUUGAAAAGCUUGUUUUACAGCAAGGCGGCAGUGAAAGAGAUUGAAACUCCUAUAUCUUAGAGAGCCCAGGAAAUCUUUUCCUAAGGAAUCUCAGUUACACAUUCCCAGUUAAACAACUUUGGAAAAUCUGCAUUUAAAGUACUUCUCUACUUUUUGACUUGCAGUUGAACAUAAAGCAGCAAGUUCUGUAUCAGCUUCAUUAACAACUGGGAAAACAAGAACGUGGAAUUAAAUGCAAGGAUGACCUCAUCAGUUGCCUGUACAACUAUGUUUAUUAUCGCCCAGGACUGGAUGUGUGACUAUUGUGGAAUUUGGAAGAAAAGAAUGAUCUCCUGCUGAUUCCUGCAGUAUCUUCCUACUGCAACAUUCAUGUUUCAACGUGGAAGUUUUAAAGUAAAAUGGAAAACUUAUGAAAUCACUCACAGACCAAAUUCAUCUGCAAGCUACCCAGAGAUUUUAAAGCAGUUACUGCAGAAGGGCUGCUAACAACAAAAGGAAUUCAACAUUGUAAAUUUAAAUUGCCAUUAUAAUGGUAAGCUCUAAUUGCUCCACUGAGGACUCCUUUAAGUAUAUUUUAUAUGGAUGUACGUUUAGCAUGGUGUUUGUCCUUGGUCUAAUAUCAAAUUGCGUUGCUAUAUACAUUUUUACAUUCACAUUGAAAAUGCGAAAUGAAACAACAACUUACAUGCUUAAUUUAGCAAUAUCUGAUCUGCUUUUUGUAUUUACAUUACCCUUCAGGAUUUAUUACUUUACAGUAAGAAACUGGCCAUUUGGAGAUAUACUUUGCAAGAUUUCUGUCACCUUGUUUCAUACAAACAUGUAUGGAAGCAUUUUCUUCUUGACUUGUAUAAGCGUAGAUCGCUUUUUAGCCAUAGUGCACCCAUUUUGGUCUAAGACUCUUAGAACCAAAAGAAAUGCAAAAAUCGUCUGUGUUGCAGUAUGGAUAACUGUACUAGCAGGAAGCGUGCCAGCAAGCUUUUUUCAGUCUAUUAGCACCCAAAAUGACACUGGACAAAACCAACAAACAUGUUUUGAAAACUUUCCUGAUAUCACAUGGAAAACCUAUAUAUCAAGGAUUGUUAUCUUCAUUGAAAUUGUGGGAUUUUUUAUUCCACUGAUCUUAAAUGUGACCUGUUCUACGAUGGUUUUAAGGACUUUGAAUAAACCAGUUACAUUAAGUCGGAACAAGUUAAGCAAAAAAAAGGUACUCAAAAUGAUUUUUGUCCAUUUGGUGAUAUUCUGUUUCUGUUUUGUGCCAUAUAACGUUACCCUAAUACUUUAUUCUCUUAUGAGAACACAAAUAUGGAUUAAUUGUUCAUUAGUAACUGCUAUCAGGACUAUGUAUCCUAUCACUCUAUGCAUUGCAGUUUCAAAUUGUUGUUUUGACCCUAUAGUAUACUAUUUUACAUCAGACACUAUUCAAAACUCAAUAAAAAAGAACAGAUCAGCUAGAACACGCGAUUCCAGAUUCUCUGAAAUUCAAAUUACUGAAAAUUUUAUUCAACACAGCCUCCAGACUUUAAAAGCUAAAAUAUUUGACAAUGAAUCUACAAUAUAAACGGAGAGAAAAUACUGGGACUGAAAUGCACCUUUCUUCAGCUGUGAAAAUGUUUUCUUGUACACUGAAUAAACUUUCUUCACUUAGAAAACUGUUUAUAUAAUGAUUAAAAAUAGGAAAAAGUUAAAUGUCACUUGUAAACAUAUUUUAUAGAAAAAUGUAAUUACUGCAAGAAUUACAAAUAUCUUUAUAGUUGUCAAAGUUUUAUCUCUUCUGCCUUUAUGUCACAGAUUCCAUGACCUGUUA